GCGCAUGCUGUUUUUGUUAUCAAUGCUUUAGUCAAUGUAAAUAUUUUUAUUAUUAACUCGUUAAUUUGAGUUGUAAUUUCCUUUUAAACGAUAAGAAGAUUGAUUGAUUAAUCUGGAGUGAUAAGCCUGCUGGUAAAGAUCAAGUAACGUAUAUAAAGAAAUGAUACUGAGAAGAGAAUAAUCAAGUGUUGGACUAGCCUACGAUGAAGUACCUGCUCACAGUUUUCGCGGCGGUGGCACUGGCUGCGCUGGCUUCCGCCGAAGAGCCCAUCCUCAAGUACUACCAUGAGAAUGCGGGCAUCGCAGAGGCGGCGCGCAUCAAGAACGCCGAGCAGGCAUUGGACUUCGAUGGCUCCAGAAUCGUUGGUGGAUCCACCACUGGCGCUGGGACCCACCCGUUCCUGAUUGGACUUGUGAUCACCCUGUCAAACGGUCAAACUUCAGUAUGUGGCUCCACAAUGCUGUCUAACACUCGUUCAGUAACUGCAGCCCACUGCUGGAAUGACGGCAAAAACCAGGCCAUUUCAUUCACUUUGGUCUUCGGUUCUGCUUUUCUUUUCUUCGGUGGCACCCGCGUCUCUACCUCCAACGUUCAGAUGCAUGGUAGCUGGAAUCCUAACACCCUCCAGAAUGAUGUCGCUAUGAUCAACUUCAACUGGGUUAGCUACACCAAUGUGAUCCAAAAGGCAAACCUGCCAAGUGGAUCCCAGCUCAACAACAACUUCGCAGGCACAUGGGCCCAGGCUGCCGGCUACGGUAGAACUAGCGACAGUGCUAGCGGUGGCAUCACCACGAGUCAAACCAAGAGCCAUGUGACGCUCCAGGUCAUCACCAACGCCGUGUGUCAGCAGACGUUCGGCGGUGCCAUCGUCAGCUCCACCCUCUGCACCAGCGGCGCCGGUGGUGCCAGCACUUGCAACGGAGAUUCCGGUGGUCCUCUUGCCAUCGGCUCUGGAAACAACCGUGUCUUGAUUGGUAUCACCUCCUUCGGAUCAGCCAGUGGUUGCCAGAAAGGAUUCCCCGCCGCCUUUGCCAGAGUAACAUCUUUCGCCUCCUGGAUCAGCGCUAGACUGUAAAUGUUUACUGAAUUUAACAACGGAAAUAUAUUUUAAAGUAGUUAAUUCAUA